UGAUAAAACUUUACAGUUUUAACUUUAUCAGAAGUUAUGGCGGCGGUUAGAUUUCUACUAAUCAUAUCCCUCUCCUGUCUUCACGUUUCACUUGCCCGACCCAAGACUGCUUUUAGGUUUAGGGUGGACAAUUCGAAGAUAAAAUCUCUUGAUGCCAUGGAAUUGCUUGAAUUGCUUGGCGAAGGAGGUCUCAGCCCCGAAUACAUGAAGAUCUACGACUCUGACGACUUUGACCCCGUUAAGAGAAAUGAAGGUCAGGCCUGUAAAAGCGUAGAGGUGAUUGAGGAUCUCUCCGACGAUUACUUUCCAAGGUAUGUAAAGAAUAUUGUUUGUGUGGACACUGGAUAUACUUGCAAACCCUCGGACGGAUCUUUCUCUUGCGUCAAGACGACAAUAGUGAAGCAUGUUUUAAAACGCGAGGACCGCUAUGUACUUGAGCACGUGGACGACAGUGGCAAAACGGAGUAUUUCGACCUAUGGAAGAGACAGGAGAUAGAAAUUGGAGUUGGAUGCGAAUGCUCUAACUGAAAACUGGAUUCGAGUGAACGGCGAUGUACUUAUAUAUUUAAACACUAUUAUAUAAAUAACUACAGAACAGUGUCAAAAUAUAGUCAUAUUGAAGUUUAUUUUUAUAAAGACAACACUGAAAAUAGCGAAACUAUUUCAUCGUUCUGUUUGCAAAUAUCUUUUAUUGUUUUUCAUUUCAUUCGAAGAAAAAGCAAAUGAUUUAUGAUUGAUUGUUGCUAAUAUAUAAGGUUAAUGAUGCAGUAUGUACAUUGUACGACGUUGCUUGAAUAGUUACUU